AUUCAAGUGACCAGAUCAAUAUAACAUCACUAUAUUACCUACUCCAUAUAAUAUAAUUUCGUCAACUUCGUAUAUCGUAUUAUUUACAACUAAUACAAGUAGGUUAUAGAUAAUAUAUGUUAAAUAACGUGCAAUGGUUUACCUACGCAUAUAACUACUGAUAAAAAAAAAAAAAAAUUAUUGGACUUCGUUUAAAGACUUUAAUAUAUAAUAUCAGUGCAACAUUUACAUGUAUAGUUCACACCUACAAAAUUAACAUUAAAUCAUCUAUAUUAAUAGUCUAGUUCAAAGCAAUAAUAAUGGUACUCAAAAAUAAAAAGGAGAGGAAGAAAUAAAUUAGAUUAAGCUAGCUAGCCAUGGAAAAUAUAGAGGUAGUAGAAAAAAUGGAGAAGGAGCUCUAUGUUGCCGCCAUGAAAGGUAAUGUAGAGUUCCUUAAUAAAAUACAUCAUGAUGAGUACCUAAAGAAGAAAAGCCAUGAAAAAAAUAACAUCUUUCACGUAGCAAUUCGACACGAGCAACGUGAAUUCAUAGAAGCAUGUCUUGGGAAUAUUCCUAGUGACCAUGAGAUAACUCGUGAGAAAAAUUCCAAAGGAAAUACUCCUCUUCAUAUAGCUGCCGAGGUUGGAAGCUUAAGUAUAGUAAGUUUACUCUAUGAUUAUUUAGUAAAGAGUGAUGUUGAAGGUGAUGAUGAAGGUGAAAAACCAUGGAGGAUGCAAAAUUCUAAGGGAAAUACUCCUGUUCAUGUUGCAAUUAUUCAUGAUAAUGUCAAAAUUGCUAGGUUUUUAUUGGAUAAGGAUCCUUAUUUGGCUCGAAUUGUUAAUAAUUCAAAGGAAGCACCCCUUCAUCUUGCAAUCAAACACCAUUUUAAUUAUUCUGAGAGUGAAUCAAUAACGACCAUAUUAAAACAACCAAUUGCCGAAGGAGGCGCGGCAUUGAUGACAAAAUUUGUACACGGAGAAGAUAUGUCAAGUAUGAUAUAUUUCCUAGUAGAGAAAGGCAGUUGUGUCACAUGUUGGCCUGAUGCAAAUGGCUUGACGCCUCUUCAUAGAGCGGCAUCGUUAGGCAUGCCCUUUAAUAUAGAGGUUAUAAGAUCCAUACUUUACCAUUUUCCGCAAUCGGCGGAGGUGUGCGACACCCUUGGCAACUCAAUCUUGCACCUUUUGAUUGGUAGGAUGCCUAGCUAUCUAGAAGGCAAAAACUUGCUAAAAUUUAAGGAAAUAUUCGCCUUGAGAAAUUAUCAGGAUCAACGUGGAAAUACACCGUUACAUAUUGCUGCAAGGAGUAAGGACAUUAAUAUGGUGCGAGUUUUAUUGGAAUUUUCGACGAAAUUAAGCAUCAAAAACAAGGAAGGCAUAUCCGUUGCAUCUUUAAUUCAACAACAUAACUUGCAUGAGGUCCUAAGGAAAAGAAAACUGACACCAGAGGAAUGUAAGGCAACGAACAAACCAAACAUAAGCUUUCUAAGGGAAAGAAUGAGCAAGUUAGGAGAGGAUUUCUUGCUCUCACAAGAUUCGAAGGAAAGGAAUGUUCUUCAUAGGUUGAUGGAGAUAAAAAAUGAAAGUCAUAUAAUACAAGACGACUUUAUAGAUUUCGUCCAGCAAAUUCUUGAAAAAUUUCCUAAACUUGUUUGUCAAACAGAUGUUAACGGGGACACUCCGAUUCAUAUCCUAGUGCGAAAUAAUCCUGAUUCAACAAUUUAUGUUGCUUCUGGAAAUCGUACAAACACAAACCAAAAUGUUAACGAUUUUAUUUUUUCAUCCUUGUGGCGAUCAGGCGUUUUGUCAGCGUUACUAGAGCUAUGCAACCAGUGUAACCUUAAAAUUCAACGAGAGGAAAGCGCCAAGGAAGCUCGCUAUGAUCCACCGUGGUUGGUGCAGAAUGCACUAGGAAAUACGCCUCUCCAUGAAGCGCUCAUAGCAAAUAACCAUGUACUGGUGAGAAGAUUGUUAGCACUUGAUCGGAGGUCGGCUGGUUUAGUGAAUAAAUGUAAGGAGACACCUCUUCAUCUGAUUGGUGGACGUCCCAUGUACAUGGAGCAAUUUAAGAGAAAAGACAUAGAGUUAAUGGUGGAGGCAAAAGCUGAAGCUGCCUAUUGGCCUGACCAGGAUGGUCUUACUCCCAUACUAAGAGCGUUCCAAGUUGGUGACCUAUCUACGGCUACUAUACUAUGCAGUAUCUCACCGGAAGCAGCAAAAAUUUGUGAUGCUAAUGAUCAAUCAUUUUGGCACCUUCUUGUAAAUCAUCCAUCAAUCUACUAUGUACAUCUCCUUCUUCAAAAUCAAACAUUAAGAGAGCUCUUGGGAUUAAAGGACAAGAAUGGAGACACACCGUUGCAUCUAGCCAUUCAAGAAAACCGUUUUGAUAUAGUACAAGUUUUUCUAGACACUUGGGAACGUGAACGUGAGUCAUCUAGAGGCAGACAUCGGUGGCUCGUCGAUCUUUUAGACUUACAAAAUAAAGCUGGUAAAACCCCUAGCGAUCUAAUCGCAGAAUCACCAAGUCUUCCUCCCAAAAUUGAAAAGAGCAUUGGGGACAAAUAUGAAAUGAUAGGUGUUCGAAGCAUGUGGGGCAUCCCAACAUCACAAAUGAAAACCUAUGUGAACACAAUGGGUAUAAUAGCUGCUCUUCUUACUACAAUAACAUUCACAGCAGCAUUCGCGGUUCCUGGUGGACUAAUUGAAAAUGUUGGUACACCGGUUUUGAUAGAAAGGGUAGCAUUUCAGGUUUUUAUGAUCUCGGAUGAGUUAGCAAUGUGUCUGUCGAUGAUGGUUUUAUUUUGUCUCCUUUGGAUCAUGGCUACUAACAACAGGCAUAAUUCAGUCAAGAUACUUGAUUUCAGUGUAACAUUGCUCCUAGCAUCAUUCUACGCAACUAUUGUGACGUUCAUGACGGGUCUUUUCGCAACGUUGUUCUCUGUCAAGCCAUGGACCGCUAUUGUCACUUUGAUUCUUUGCUCUUUGCUUAUGUUGCUAGUCCACAAGUACCUCGUCAUCAAGUUUCUUAUUCCGUUCAAAAAUGUCAUACGCUAUUUUUUUUGGAUGUUUUUGCGAUUUGCUCGAAAAAUAUGUACAAAAAUCAUCAAAUGGUGUACAGCAAUGGCUCGUAAAUUCAUUGGAUGUUGUAAACCAAAACCAAGCAAUGGAGCAGAUGGACAAGGUCGCACUCGUCAACGAUCUGUAAUUAUUGUUUAGACAGUGUUAAAAUGUAUUGUAUUGUGUUACUCCUCAAUAACAAUAAAGUAUAGAAUUUUAAAUAUUUUAACAAAAAAAAAAAAAAAAAAAAAUCAUAUCUAAGUAAAGAUAUUGUACGUGAAGUAACACUGCUACAAAACAUUAAAUGAGUGAAACAUACAUUUUUAAUA